UACAUUGGGCUAGAGAGGUAGCACAAGCCUGUCAAUUUCCCCUCUGUUUCAAGCCUCGAAUAUUUAAAUCACCUCUCAACUGAGGAAAAAUUACGUCACAUUAAAUAGCAAGGCAUGUUGCCUGAUCGCUUUGUGAGCCGCUAUGUGGUCUGAGUAAAGUAAACAAUCGGACUCGAUUAAUAAACCUGCGCUCGCACGCGCUUCACAUGCAAACCCGGAAGUGACGGUGAUUUUGUGUACAGUGCGGUUGUCGUCUACCGAAAGUCGGAUUUUAAAGUUCAUUGAUAACAAAAUCGGACGCGUUUGAGACGCAUGCAGCGCGUUGUGUCAUGAUUCCCAUAUCGGUUGUGGUGGUUGUGAUGGGCGGCUGGUGUACGGUGUAUCUCACGGACACAAUACUGCGGUCGUCCGGUUCAUUGAAGAACCGCUAUGAAUCCUGGUUGUCCUCCAAUGGAUUCACUCUCUCCCCUUUCCACAUCAAAUGGCACACGAGCAUCUUUAACAGGCUGUUUACCAGAUGUGCUCAUCUUAACCCUCGUUUUCUCUAUAUUUGGUUCAGUGCUGGAAUGGUGUUUGGGGUUCUGGCGAUGUUUGGGUCUGUGGUUUUGCUGAGCCAAACUUUGCUGCAGACUCUGAGACAAAUGAUGGCAGAAACACCUCAGGGUUCACACGAGCAGGUCUUACAAGUGGUGGUGCCUGGUGUGAACCUGCCCGUCAGUCAGUUGGCAUAUUUUUUCAUCGCUAUCUUGAUCAGUGGAGUCAUACAUGAGUUUGGCCAUGGGGUGGCAGCACUGAGGGAGCAGGUGAGGUUAAAUGGGUUCGGCAUGUUUAUGUUUGUGGUUUACCCUGGUGCAUUCGUGGACCUCUUUACCACCCACCUGAACCUCAUCACUCCAGUCCAGCAGAUGAGGAUAUUCUGUGCAGGUGUGUGGCACAACUUCAUGCUCUGUGUUGCGGCCCUCAGCUUUCUUUUCCUGUUGCCUGUCUUCCUGUUUCCCUUUUACUACACCGGUACAGGAGCACUGGUCACUGAGGUGAUGGAUGGGUCUCCCUCAAGUGGACCUCGUGGGCUGUUUUUAGGCGAUUUGAUUACUCGUUUGGAGGACUGUCCUGUAAUAGGUGUACAGGACUGGGAUGAAUGUAUUCAACAUCUAUCCCAUAAUCCUCAGACGGGCUACUGUGUCCACACUGCCAAGCUUCAGCAUAGCAGGAGCACAGGGAGAGCAUACAAGAGACUUGAUGGCACCAUGGAGUGCUGUGGAAAUAACAGCCUGUCCGACCUCUGCUUCUCUUACAGUAACAAUGUGGAAAGCAAACUGUUUGCCUGCCUGCCGGUCAGAAAAACCAUCGAAGCGAGUCGCACAUGUCGUACCAACACGGACUGUCAAACAGACUUCACCCCCAGCUUGUGUUUAAUCCCAUCUCUGGAGAACCAAACCAGACUGAUCCGGGUCAAACAUCCGCCGCAGACCGACAUGCUUUUCGUUGGCUACCCUUCACACCUACAGUACUCGGUGAGUCUCACCAACUUUGUCCCUCGUUUGGGGUUUCUCCAUCCAGACCUGCCCGUCAUGCUGGAAACUUUCUGCAAAUAUCUGAUUUCAUUAUCCGGUGCUCUGGCGGUAGUUAACGCUGUCCCAUGCUUUGCCCUGGACGGUCAGUGGAUGCUCACCGCUUUUCUGGAGGCAACGCUGAGCUCUGUGAUCCCCGAGAGGAACAACCGAGAGCUGAUUGGUUUCUUUUUUCUGCUGGGGGGCAGCGCCCUUCUUGCAGCCAACGUGGCACUGGGCCUAUGGAUGGUCACGGCACGGUAACGGACAGCUGCGUCCUCCAAUCAGAGUAUUUGGAGGAAGUGUUUACUGAAGAACUAACUUGAACUGAUGGACUGGGUGUGUCAUACCUUGGAGAUUAUUUCCAAGCCAACAUCGCUGCUGGGUCUGAAUUGCUAAGUUAGAAACGAGCGGUAAAAAAUGAGGCUGCAUGCUUUGACACCAUGACCUCAGGGUAGCACCAAUAGUGCCCACUUACAUGCAUAUAAAGCAUGUUGUGUCUGAUUUGUCAUCGCACUAAAUCAACAUCUAACAAAAUAUGGCUGCGAUUUUUUUGAAAUAGCUACUUUAUUGACCAAAGGAAGGACGUUUGGGUAUAACAGCAUCUGCAAACCAUAUAAAAAUGUAAAUGAACAAGAAGUGUUACCUGAAAUGAAAAUAAUACACACCUAUAUACAUAACUUACGCUUGAUAUACAGACUGUACACACAAAAAAAUAAAAUACUACUGCAGUAUUAUUGGAUAGGAAGUAAAGUGGCUUAGUUUGUUGACUCUACAAUACUGUAUAAUGUUUCCUCCAAUGGCAUGGCAUGAGACAUUUGUGCUCUAAUGUCCAAUACCAUCUUAUUUGCAGCAGAUUCUGUUUGAAUACUGUGAAUUUUUUUCUUUCUUCAUUUAUAAUAUCAGCACUGCAGACUUCAAAUAAGCUUAAAUGAUCCCAAAAACCGCUAGGCUUGGUUACGCGACUGCACUAAAGUAGGAUUUAUUUGUACUAUUUUGUAUGUUUUUAAAGUACUUUUUAUUUCGUAUGUCUGAUGUCCUUCCUGAACCAUUGUACAGUUUAUAAAGGGAAUUUGCUUAAACCUUUCUGUGUCGUUGGAUUAUUU